AUGGACAAUAUGACGACAUCGACGACCAACGAAGAAGACGCGAAACCAACGUCCACGACGAACAACCAGCGCCGAUGCCGAUGCGCCCACUGCGUUUCCUGCGUCCGAGGCCAACGCGGGGCGGCGAAGACCUACCCCUGCCCUUUCCCCGGAUGUCGCCGCGUCUACAAGAAGGCCAAUCAGCUGCGCUGCCACCUCAAGGCCCACGUGGACGAUCGCCGCCACGUGUGUCAGUGGCUGCACUGCGGGAAACGGUUCGUCCGAGCGGAUGAGCUUCAGCGCCACAUUCGCAUUCACACGGGAGAGAAACCCUUCUCUUGUUCCCUCUGUCGGAAGGCUUUCGGACGCUCCGAUCACUUGGCCAAGCACAUCAAAACUCACCAGAGGGAGAUACCUCUGAGAAUGGCUCAAAACUGA